AUGCGGACAUAUGCCGGAUCCAGUGUCUAUAUGGCCCCUGAGUUCAGGGAGCAAGAGCUAGCUUACACCAACGCCGUCGAUAUGUGGUCUUUUGGAGUUAUAGCGGUCGAAUAUCUUACCCAUUUGGGAACGAGACUCGAUGGAUGGGAUGCGAAGCUCGCGCCAACCAAAAGUCAGCACCAAGGAUGGGUUGAUGGAGUCCUCCGAAAGCGUAUGGCAGAUGCACCGAAGGAAUUCAGGCACUUGCUGCUGGGAUUGCUGUACGAGAAACCGGAGGAUAGGUGGACGGCCAUUGAUUGCGAACAAUGGUUGUGGGAGAAUGCCUCAGCAAACACAGGCAGUAGUAGGAAGCGAAGAGUGUCGUCCCUACAAGAGUGA